AUGAAGGGUUUCGCGCAGAUCGUCGGCUUUGGUUUAGCCGUCAUAAAUAACCAGACUUUGUUCAUCGACGGUGGUGAAGUGCGCUACCUUGAAGAUAAUAAUACCAUUUCGGCCUAUGCCAUCCGCGACCUGCAGACCGUCGACGUCUCCAAGUCCUUUUCGAAUACCGAUUCGGAUCUCUUCACUCACAUCGAUAAACCGUAUAAUGCAUCUGAUCCCGAUGAGUACCCAACUUUCCUUGAUGAAGGUUCCGCGUUCAACGACGGCGAGAACCUCUACUUUUACGGCGGGUAUAAAAGCGGUCGCGACGGCCCAAAGACCGUCCCGCCCGUCGAGACCUGGAAGUAUGAUAUCCAAAACAACAACUGGACGCGCGAUGGAUUUGGUGGCGUGCCGCUGGUUCGGCUGAUAGAGGGAGGGGCCGUCGUUUCGCACUCCCAGAAUAAAGCGUACUAUCUGGGGGGCGUUGAGGACCCGGGCGGGAAUCCGAAUAUCUAUGGUACUGCGGGAGCGGACGUGGAAAUCGUCAGUGGAUUGUUGGUUCUGGAUCAAUCUACCCUGCAGUGGUCCAAUUUAUCAACGUCGGAGAUGAAUAAUUAUGGGACUAUCGGAGCAGGGUACUUGAAUCUCCUGGAGGAUGUUGGGGAUGAAGGGCUUUUAGUAGCCUUUGGUGGGUAUAAGUAUCCUGUCGGACAUAAGGUUUCGCUUCUUUGUGCGAGCCAAACGAAUACUACCUUCCAUAACCCUAUGGAAUACAUCAACCUGUAUGAUAUUGCGAACCAGAAAUGGUACACGCAGCAGAGUACCGGGGAUAUUCCAAACUGGCGGAUGGCGGGCUGCAGCGUAACGGUGGCAGCACAAGAUCGGUCAUCGUUCUCCAUCUACAUGUUUGGCGGGAUGGCUGCAACCACCGCAAAAUCCGACGGGGAUGUAUAUGUUCUUUCAUUGCCGUCAUUCAGAUGGAUCCGCGUGAACGAGGGCAGCAGCAUCCGCGAGAAGCAUACAUGCAAUGUCCUAGGAAAGCAUACCAUGCUUGUUGUUGGAGGCACGAUCCCUACGGACAGUUCGGAAUAUGAACCGAAGCCGGUGAACUGCGACACGGGCACAUUUGAGAACGGGCUAGCCAUCUUUGAUCUGAACCAGCAUACCUGGCUCACUGACUAUAAUGCGGACGAUCAAUCAGAGUAUGCUCUCAGCUCAGCAAUCACGGAUGUUAUUGGUGGCAGCUCCACGGGCGGUGCCAAUGUCACCCAACCGAAGAAUGGCUUCAACGACACCACAUUGGCAACGAUGUUCCAGAAAGCAGUCAUCACCACCACCACCAAUUCCACAGCGGGUGCUAACUCGACCUCGACAUCGGCAAGCGGCAGUAGCAGCAGCACGGGCAGCUCCAAGGGUACUUCACUAUCCAAAGGAGGCAUUGCGGGAGCCACCGUCGGGGCGGUGGUCGGUGCCAGUGCCAUUGCGGGGCUUGCCUUCUUCCUAAUCAAGCGCCGACGUGCCCAGCCCAGCCAAGAGACUCCUGCCAUGGCGCAUCCACCCGUCUAUGAACCGCCCCAAACAGGGCUGGCAGAACUCAGCAGCGGCGGGGUGACACAUGAAUUAGUAGGGAGUGACACGCAGGAUGCGACUGCCGGGAAUUGGUGGCAAAAGACUCCUAAUAUAGCGGAAAUGGAUGGGGUUGCAAGGGCUGAGAUGAAGGGGUGA